UCAACUCAUUUUUAUAACAACUAAACGAUUUCAACUGUUAAAUCGAUAAUAAAGUUUCUGCUGUAGUAACUUGGCAACAAAAUGUAACAACUCUGUACGUAAUGCACUAAACGUAACUUGGCAGCACUGCACGUUUGUUAACGGCUAACUGCAACAUUUUCCGCAUCCGUUAUUUGAAAGAAAAAAUUAUGCAGUUGAUUUUAAUUUACAAUUUUCGAAAAUGGCCGGAAUUGUACCGAAAAAAAUUGCUGAACUCAAUGUAGACACGAGAAAUGCUUUAAUUACUGCUAUUAUUCUUACGAAAACUACGCCGAAUACUUUUCUUUCACGCGACUCAAAUGAAUAUCGUGGCGUUAUCACUUUUACGCUACGCGACUCCAAGCGACACAUUAUCAAUUGUAAAGUGUGGGGUACCAAAGAGCAAGUCACUGAUUAUAGUCGCAAUUUCAAAAUUUACGACAUUAUCGACGUCAUCACACCGAGCAUUGUGCCUACGCUUGUCUAUGAGAAGUCCACUUGGGCCGAUAAUGCGCAUUUUCAGCCACUACCCACAGUGCCAUAUUCAUUAGUGGUGAAUGAAGGUCAAGGACGUUUGGACAAACAGAACUAUAGAGAUAUUGACACAUUUCGCGAAUUACACAAUCUACGCCGUGUUCCACAUAAGCCGCUCUGUAGUGCGUUGAAAUUGCAGGAUAUACGCUAUAGUACGAAGGAAAGCAAUGCAAAAGCACAAUUUGUCGAUUUACUGGUAUUGGUGGCUAACCAACGGCCAGUAAAGGAAGUGCGUAGUAAGCGUAGUGGGGAAUUGCUGAGCUGUCUUGAAUUAAUAGUGAUCGAUAGCAGUUAUGCUGAUGGUGUUAUACUGAGUAUUUGGCAGCCAGAUUGGAUAUUACGCGCUCAGCAGUACUGGGAAGCAAAUCGUACUGUUCUGUAUUUAAUAGAAGUGAAACUUAGUUAUUCGGAAUUUUAUAAAAGUACAACCUUAUCAUUCACCGGUCGUACACUGGCCUAUGAAAAUCCCAUAGGUGAGGAAGUGGAUGCAUUAGUACAGUUUGCCGCGGGUGCGGCGAAUAAAUCUUGGGACGCGUUGGCUUUUACAAUGAAUAAUCAACAAGAUGCUGAUAAAAUAACCACACAAAUGACUGUAAAACAAAUUUAUGCACGCGCUGAGGGUCAUCUCAAAGAUGAUGCAGACCAAUUUACCGCCAUUCUUUAUGCUAUGCUAACACACUUCGAUUUCGAUGGCACCACACAAAUUGUUAGCCGUAGAUGCAAAUCCUGCCAGGCGUUGCUUAAAAGGAAUCAAACAAUCUGUGAAUCAGCGCAGUGCCAAUUCACCUUCUCACUUAACCACGAAGGUGAAAAGUACGAAUAUUUCUUCAACAUGAAUGUGCAAUUUACCGAUCACACUGGCACUUUGUUGGAAGGACGUCUCUCCGGCGCUGUAGCUGAGCGGAUCUUAGCACUAACACCACUGGAAUAUCAAGCAUUAAACGAUGAGGAGAAAGAAAAACGCAAAUGGAAAUUUCUUAUGGAACAUUUAGAAGUGAAAUUGCUUAUACGAAAAGCAAAUGCGGUGCGACGGCAACUGAGUAUACUUGUGGUGGAUAUGAAACUCAUAGAAAUACCUGCUUUGGCUGCAAAAAUCAGCGUUUUUUAAUAAAUCAACGUGUAUG